ACCCACAUGGAUCGAUACAGACGAGCUAGAGAAAAUCACCGACAGAGRCCACGGCCAAGAGGUCUGCUAGCUCGAUGUUGGCGCGCUGUUGUAGGCGUAAUGUUUUACUGCAUUGUUAACACGUCAGCAACAGACGAGGAGCUACCAGAAGAAGCUGUAAAUGAUAUUCGACCACCACGUCAUGAUGCCAACAUUAACACAAACUACCCACAAAACUAUAACAACAAUUCUCAACACGAAACACGACAUUGGAACUCAACAGCCAAUCAAACUCAAGAUAUCGCAUUACCACGUGGCCGUUUUAACACGAGCCAAGAGUCGAGAGAACAACAUUUCGAGAGAAUCAAGCAACCCCUUGAACAAGAUGCAAAAUCAAGGGAGGCUGUUGGGAAGUUCAAUGAGCUCGAAGCCAAAGCAAUACCAACGCCUCGAGACUUGUACAAAAAACCUGAAAGUGAUGACGAGCACAAUACGGCAGACGUUUGCAAAAACAGUGCUAGUACCUCAACCACUAAUGACGCCGAUGAAGAAAGUACUUCCUCAAAUGAAAAAGUAAAGUCACAAGAGCAUGUUGAGAAGCUCUAUAAACCUCAAGCCAAAGUAGCUCCAACACCUCGAGCCUUGUACAAAAAACGUCAAAGAGACAAAGCUUGCAAUACAGCUGGCAAAAAUACUGCUAAUGCUGUAAGCACUGAUGACGAGAAAACGACGUAUGCUCAAAACCCAAUUCCUCCUACAACAAAGCCAAGAAAAUCUCAAAAAAAGAAGAGAAUUUUCAAACUGAAAAAAGCAGCCAAAGCUAGAGGUUCAGAUUUAUCCCAAAGGUCAUCCUCAAAAGAUGAUUCCAGCAGUUCAGCUACACUCUCUGACAAAGAAAAACCAGCCAGCGUUAAGAAGAGAGAUGUUGAUGAACACAGAGCUGUAUUCUAUGAACCCGAUGGAAGACGCAMGGGUGGAGAGAUAAUCCCUGACUAUUACGAAUUCUUAAUUCGGGUUCUGAACACUGGUUACAAGGCACCUUCCCAGGCAGGCACUGCAGCAGAAGUCGAGGACAAUAAWCACGUGACACAAGAUAGUGGGCAGGUAAGACAAGUCCAGUCACAUAGCAGCAAAGAUGACUGUCCUCCAUAUGGAGUCAUGACAACUUCACUUGCCGAUGUCUGUACCUGCCAAUCACCACUUCCAGAUGUAGAAGUCAAUCAGCCUAAGAAUUGGCCAAGUUACCUUCCCAAAUUCAGAGAAAUUAUUCCCAUUGAGGUUGAGCUAGGUUUAAGGCCACCUCGAGGUUGAAUUAUUUCUUUAAGUGUUCCUAAUAAUUUCUAUUAUAC